UCCAAAACAAAGUCUGUGGAGAAGAAGAAACAUGGCUUCGGCUGUGCUAGACCUUUUGGUCGGCAGAGUUGGAGCAUUUCUUGUAAGCGAAGCGUCGUUGUUAGGAGGAGUUCAUGAUGAACUUGAAGAGACCAGGCUUGAGUUGUUAGCCAUGAAAGCCUUCUUGGCAGAUGCUGAAAAAAAGGGAGCUCUAAAUGCAGUGGAGAAAACAUGGGUGGACAAUGUGAGGGACGUGUCCAUCGCGGUUGAAGACAUCAUGGACGAGUUCAUGUAUCACACAAACAAGCAGAGAAGUUGGGGUCCGUACACAAGAGCCUUUCGUCAAGCCACUUGCUUCCCCAAAUACCUUUGGGAGAGGCAUUGGAUUGCCACCAAAUUGCAGAAGCUUAUCAAAACAAUCAAAGGCAUUCCAGAAAGAAGCCGGCGCUAUGGUGUAGAGCGAAUAGAAGGCACGAAGACUAAUCCCAACAGUUACAAUUCCAACCGAGUCAAAAUAUAUGGUGAGUCAUCUCUUUUCUUUAAAGAUGAUGAACUUGUGGGGAUCAAAGAUGCUAAAGAGAAGCUUGUUGGAUGGUUACUGUCUAAAGAGCCUCAAAGGACUGUAAUUUCAGUUGUUGGUAUGGGGGGUUCGGGUAAGACGAGCUUGGUUGCGACCGCCUUCACCGGUCAAACCGCCAAUUUUCAUUGCUACGCAUGGCUCACGGUCUCGAAAACUUACAACAUUGAAGAUCUAUUAAGAGUCUUGAUAAAAGAACUUUUUAGAUCAGCACUGCGAGAUGUUCCUCACGACUUGAGCAACAUGAACUACAUACAAAUGGUAGAAUUGUUGGUAAACUAUUUGCAGUCAAAGAGGUAUGUAAUUGCGUUAGAUGAUGUUUGGGAUAUAUAUCUCUGGAAGCAAAUAAGUGUAGCACUUCCAAAUGGAGUAGACGGAAGUAGAGUCAUGCUCACAACUCGAAAUGAAGACAUUGCUUCUUUUCCAUUUGAAGCUGGAAGUCAUUUUUACCAUGUUCAGCCUCUUAAUGAGAAUGAUGCUUGGGAUCUUUUUUCCAAGAAAACUUUCUCUAGCUGGCCUGAGAAGUGUUGCCCACAGGAGCUUGAGCGCAUUGCUAGAGAUCUUGUUGGAAAAUGCAAAGGCUUACCUCUUGGAAUUGUGGCUUUGGGUGCUCUCAUGUCGACCAGGAGAUUGGUUUCUGAAUGGAUGAAAUUUUACAGUAGUUUGAAUUGGGAGCUAAGUAACAACCCGACACUUGAAGUAGUGAAGAGCAUCUUCUUGCUAAGCUUCAACGAUUUACCUUACCGACUUAAGCAUUGCUUCUUAUAUUUGUGUAUUUUUCCAGAAGAUUAUGUGAUAGACAGUGAUAGGCUUGUCAGACUGUGGAUGGCUGAGGGAUUUGUGGAUAAAGUGGAAGGGACUAAGCCAGAAGAGAUCGCUGAAAGCUACGUAGCAGAGCUCACUUGCCGAUGCAUGGUACAAGUUGUUAAGAGGCAACCAUCUGGAAAAGCAAAAACGUUCAAGAUGCAUGAUCUUAUACGCGAACUUGCUCUUUCAAUUUCCAAAGCUGAGAAAUUUUUUGCCGUUUAUGAUGAGCAAAAAAUGAAUAAAGAUAGCAGAGGUCCUCGUCGUAUGUCCAUGCAAGCUAACCAUGAAGAACUACAAACACACGGAGACAUGCCAAAGGUUCGCACCUUCUUUUAUUUUCCUCCUAAUAAGGCUGAUUCCUCUUCAGUUCAAGAAUUGAAAUCUCGUUUCAAACUCUUAAGGGUCUUGGAUCUUAAACAUGUCCCGGUUGCUCAGCUCCCAGGUGAAAUAGUAAAGCUUUUUAACUUGAAGUAUUUAAACUUGAAAGGAACAAAAGUAAAAGAGCUUCCAAAAGAUAUAGGAAACCUUCGUAGUUUGGAAACCUUAGACAUUAGGCAUUCCAAAAUUAGGGUACUUCCAGCUGGAAUUGUGAAGUUAAAAAACUUACGGCACCUCUUGAUGUACCAUUGCAAUUUUCAAGAUCUAUUUAAGUCUUAUUAUUUCUUUGAUGGCACACGAGCACCAGAUGGCAUUUGUAAGCUAAAGAGCUUACAAGUUUGUGAUGCUAUCGAGUUGGGAGGAUCGUUAGUCAAACAACUUCGACAGUUGACCCAACUCACAAGAAUGAGCUUAAGCAAUGUGAGAGAGGCAGAUGAGGAGGACUUGUGCAAGUCACUCGAAAGCAUGAAACUCAUUGAACACUUCUUUGUCCAUACAAGUGAUGAGGAUGAGGUGUUACGAUUGGAUGCAUUGCCCUCUGCACCUCCUUUGCUCAAGGAACUUGGUCUGAUUGGAAAAUUAGAGAAGAUUCCACUUUGGUUUCCUUCUCUUUUCAGCCUUACACACUUGAGGUUGCAUUGGUCCAGAUUAACAGAAGAUUUUCUUCCUGACAUCCAAGCACUUCCUAAUUUGAGCAUACUUCGGCUAAACAAUGCAUAUGUUGGAAAUCAAUUGGUCUUUCACACUGGAUUCCGAAUGCUUUCUGAAUUAUACAUAAUGGAGUUGCCUAAAAUGAAUGCGAUCGUCAUAGAGAAGGGGGCAAUGCCGGCAUUACAGACACUUGUUAUCACUGAAUGCAUGGGGUUAAAGCAAUUGCCUGAUGGAAUUGAACACCUAACAUGUCUCCAAACUUUGGAUUUGGUAAAUGUUCCCAAUGAACUCGUAGAGAGAAUACGUGGAGAAGGAAGCUUGGAUAGUUCCAUGGUUAUGCACAUCUCAGAAAUAAGCUAUCACUACAAAACUGAAUCCGGGUGUUUUGGGGAAAGGUUGCGAUCCUGCCUACAAUGGAUCGUUCGACCAUCAUCUUCUACUGUCAAUAUUCUAUCCCGGGAUGGUCUACCCUUCUUACCAGGGAACUGACAGCGCUCAACAAGUUGAUUACCCUGCCUCCAAGUUUGGGUCGGUCCCUAUUCAUCUCUAAAUUGGAGCAGACCAUUGCAAAAUUUGUGUGCUUCCCAGUCCAAUGAGAUCAAUCCAAAACUUGAUAUAUUAUUACCACACUGUUUAUAGCUUAUAUGUAAAUUAUAAUGGUAUUGCUAUCGUUUUAUCUUUCCCCUAAUGUUGUGUAUGUAAUGCUAAUUUGCUACACUGUGUGUAUAUAUGUAUUCCAUUCGUACA